AUGCAGCUGCCCAGCGACCGCCCCUCGGCCUCCUGGGAUCUGAGUCUCCCCGUCGCUGCUCCCAUUGGUCGCUCGGCCCCGACACCUCGGCACGCUUUGCAUAAAUUGGCCAAUUACCGAGUCACCGGCGGAGCCCCGCUGAGAUUCCCUGUGUCACUUCACCUGGACAACCACCACCUGUGGGACCCCAACGAGUUUGCUGUGUCCUGCUUCAGAAUCAUUAUGUACUCCAUUCAGGCUCAGCACUCCCAUCACGUCAUUCAGCAGGUUCUAAAUCACCUGGACACCCACAACAAGAACACGCCGCGGGUCCGAGCCGGCAUCGUCCAGGUCCUCCUGGAGACGGUGGCCAUCGCCGCCAAAGGCUCAGUGGGAAUGAUUCCCGAGUCCAAAAGAAGUGAUGUGUUCACCUUUGAAAGUGAAAACCCGACUCCUCCACAUCUGUGGCUCGGGCCCACAGUGCUGGAGGUGUUCAACACUCUGCUCAAACACCUGAGGAUGAGCGUGGACUUCGAGCUGGGCGAGAACUCGAGGAGGAACUCCAGCACCAGCGUCUCUUCCGGCCGCGGCAAAGAGAGCGAAGAGAGGAUCGUCCAGAACGCCAUCAUCCAGACCAUUGGCUUCUUCGGUGGAAACCUGCCCGACUACCAGCGAGCUGAAGUCAUGAUGUUCAUCAUGGGCAAAGUGCCGGUGUACGGGACGCCCUGCCACACCUUGGACACUGUCAAGAUUGGGCAUCAGGGUACCAAGCGGAUCCAGACCAUGCUGCUCAGCUCCCUCAUCAUGGUAACCUCUGGCUUUAAGUCCAAGUCCAUGGCGGCUGCGUUGCCUUCCCCCUUCCUGGACCCACUCUUCUCCAUCUCUCUGAUGGAGGACAGCGAGCUGAGGCAGCUGGUGUUUGAAAUCCUGCACAACAUCAUCGACCGCCAUGACAACCGCGCCAAGCUCCGCGGCAUCAGAAUCAUCCCCAAUGUUGCAGCAUUGAAGAUUAAAAGAGAGAAGAUUUCCAAGCAAGACGUUGCAUUCAUGAAGAAGCAUGGCCAGCAGCUCUACCGUCACAUCUACCUGGGCUGUAAGGAGGAGGAUAACAACCAUAAAAACUUUGAGCUGCUCUUCACCACGCUGGCCAUCAUGACCAUCGAGCUGGCCAACGAGGAAGUGGUCAUCGACCUCAUCCGGCUCUCCAUCGCUCUGCAGAAGAACUACUCUCCGUGUAUGACUAACACAGCCAAACCCAAACAUCUCCUCAUCAUUGUGGUGUACUGGGCAUAA